CAAAGGACUGCAAAAUAUCCGUGGAAGGUCUGGAAUACAGAGGUAACAUUUCAGUGACUGUUUCCGGUAAAUCAUGUCAGAGGUGGGACAGCCAGACUCCACAUUCACAUGGUUACGCCGAGCGACUUCCGGGGAACGCCAGUGAACACGAAAAUUACUGCAGAAACCCAAAACCUGGAAUGGAAGCUACCCCAUGGUGUUAUACAAUGGACCCCGAUACAAGAUGGGAGCUUUGUCAGAUUCCAUUCUGUGUGCUAGACUGUAGAAAAACCAGAGAAGGGAUGGAGUACAGAGGAAACAAAUCUACUACUAUUUCUGGAAAGACAUGUCAGAGAUGGGACCAACAGUCGCCAUGGACCCAUGGUUACACUAAGGCAUUGCCUGGUAACGCCACUCUGCACGAGAAUUUCUGCAGGAAUCCGCAGUCUAAGGACGCAGAUGGCCCCUGGUGCUUCACCACGGACCCCUACACGAGAUGGGAAUACUGUGAUGUACCUUUCUGUGAAUGUAGAGACACGAUUAAAGGAGAAGAAUACAGAGGCACCAUCUCCCAUACCGAUAGGGGGCGUGAAUGUCUUAGAUGGGACAGCCCCUUUUCUCCAGAACCAUUAUUUGCCUUGUUUCUGGAGGGAAAUUCGAGUUCGCAUGAGAAUUAUUGCAGGAACCCUGCUAAUCAAGGCGAAAAACCUUGGUGCUUUACAGAUGCAUCGGGAAAGUUUGCAGAAUAUUGCAACAUCCCGAUGUGUUCUCAAAGUAACAAAGAGUGCUUAGACAGCGCCAAAGGUCAAUAUUACUUUGGAACUGUAUCUAAAACCGGAGAUGGUAUAGAAUGCCAACGCUGGGACAAAUUACAACCACACGAUCACAGGUUUGUCUAUGGAUUCAUGGGACUGUCCGCUUCUGAACACGAGAAUUACUGCAGAAAUCCCGACAACGGGGAGAGACCGUGGUGUUACACA